AUGACUACCCAGCAGGCGGUGCGCAGAUGGAUCAUGACUGGUGCAGUCACAGCCAUCACAGUUACUGGAACAUUGUAUGGAGCUGGAUUGAAAGGCAGCCAAGAGCUCAAACAGAAACAACAAGAGAUCAGACAAGCCACACCCGAGGAUAAGAUAGCCCAGCUCGAAGUCGUCCGCUCUCAACUCGUCAGUAGGAAGGAGGAAUUGGAGAGGAAGCUUGAGAAAUUUGCCGACCGUCGUCGUGAAAGGGAAUCUGCAAAAGAAGCGAAAUGA